AUGUUUACACACUCUCUGUCCCGCGCUGCCAUUAUGGCUACUAUUUGUCUUGCAGGCCUCACGUCUGCUGUGAGGGAAUCUGGCGACCCCAGUCCUGCUAUUAUUUCUCAGUCGACCACGAGCGCAAGAGCGCAUGAACGCAAUAUCGGUAAUCCUGAGGACAAGGUCAUGGUAUCUUGCGCCGGCCACAUCACACAAUGUGGUGUUGAAGACAAAGCCAAGAUUAUCUAUAUACCAAAAUCCACCGAAACCAUCACGAACACGAUUGUCAGGACUGAUGUCGUGACCCUUCCAACGUCAACCAGGGUUAUUGAGAGCGUUACAGUUGAAACCAUUACCAACACAACCAAGGGCCACUGUCGUGAGACCGUCUACGUUACUGGAGAACCCGUCACGAUUGCCGUUGAUGUCGUGUUUGUCACUACCGAGGAGAUCCAACCCAUCUCAAACACUACCUCGUGGAUAACCAGCACCGUUACCGCCAGUGCCAUCGAGCAGUGUUUCCUCGAGAAAUAUACUAUCCUCGGACAGGGCCCAGGAAGCCAGGGAGGCCCAGGUCCUUCAGCAGCAGCUGAGGCCGCAUCUACCCGCGCAUCUGACAGUGUCAGCCCGGCCGCAUCUACACCUGCAGCAUCAGAUGAAAGUCGCCUUGCUGAUGAUCCUGCCCAGAGGCAUUUGGAUACUGAUGAGGAGCGACACGUAAUCGUCGAUUCAGCUGGAGAUAUUUCGGAGUAA